AUGUCCGUACAUGAUCCACUUUCCAGGAAGCGAUCUUUAUCAAAUCCUAAUGGUCAGGAAGGAAGUGCUUCUAAAAAACUGAAAAAUGAAGAUGAAGCCACAAUAGAUAGAAAUAAUAAUACUGCCUUCUCUGAAAAGAUGUACCAAACGUAUGUGAAGUCAGCAUUGGAAUCAUUAGAUAGGAAUGAUUCCUUACCGGUUGAUAAUUUAACAUCUAAGAUAAGUUUACCAUUAACCCACAACCAAGCAAUAUCUAUCUCUAAUUUCAACAUUGUUUUGAAGAUGUUGAUAUCAAAUAUUUCGAGAUUGGAUAAUAGCUCAUGUAAUAAUUUAAUAUCUGCCAUUCUUGAAUAUAACUGGCUUGGAUUGAAGCCUUCCAAGGAAUCAGAUGGCUCAUAUUAUACAUUUAUAGAUUUAUAUUCGCAGUUUUUGUCUGUGCUUGUGUCGUCAUUACCUAAAUAUUUGCAUGAAGUAACAACUAAAUUAGUUAGUGAGUUUAUUUCGAUAAAUCUUGAAGAGAACCCAUCCGCAAAUCAUCACGUCAUUUUAAACAAAAUUAUUAAGUUCAUUCCAACAAGUGUUAAUUCACUUCCUGCAACAUUACAGAAGAACUUCCCGCAUCAUUUAUCUUCAAGUACUGAGGAAUUAACGAAUUAUGUUGGUAAUUUAAUAAAAAUAUUGACGUAUUGUCUGGAAUUACAAUACGAUAUAUGGCAAUUAAUCAUUGAAUGUUGUAUUAAAUUAGAUGUCGAAUUACAAAAUGAGUUGGAUGAUCUCGAUGAUGAUGAGAUUGAGGAAUUAAUUAAUGGUGAAGAUGAUGACAUUGAAAGCGACAGUGACGAGGAGGAUACAAAUGAAGAUGAUGCUUCUGACAUUAACAGUGAUGAUGAAGAUGAGGUAGCAGAAGGUGAAUUUGAAUAUAUUAUCGACCCUGUUACGUCAACAGUAAAUACCAGAAAGCUUCUGAGAAAGCUUGAUUCUAUUAUACACUUAUUAUUGACAAAUACAUCAAAUUCAUUUACAGUGGAUGAAUUAAAUAACGGAAAUGGGGUUUAUUUGUUCAACACUAUUACAUCAUUAUUUAAAACGCAUAUAUUACCAACGCAUUUCACUAAACUGAUACAGUUUACUUUAUUUCAUAUUUCCCAGUAUCAGCCGGAAUUAGCUGACUCGUUUCUCGUCUUACUUAUAGAUGUUGCAUUCAAUACAACUGAAAUCUUAGAAAAGAGAUUGAAAGCUAUGCAAUAUUUGUCAUCAUAUAUUGCCAGAGCCAAAAAUUUAUCAAGACAUCAAAUCAUCUUUGUUGUCAGUUAUCUUAUCGGUUGGUUAAAUAAAUACGUAAUUGAAAGAGAAUGUGAAAUUACAGACUACGAUAACGAUAACAAAGGUAGAAGCACAAAUAAUAAACAGGGUGGUGGUAUGGAAAGAUUUAAAUUGUUCUACGCUGCAUUUCAAGCGCUUUUGUACAUCUUCUGUUUCAGAUACAAAGUUUUGUAUAAGGUUCCUGGCUCGACAGACACGUCGAGUGACUCCGAAUGGGAAUGCGACUUAGAUAAAUUUUUUCAGAGAGUUAUAAUUGCAAAAUUCAAUCCUUUGAAAUUUUGUGAUGAAACUGUUGUCUACAUUUUUGCUAAGAUUGCAACCAAACUUAAUGUUUGUUACUGUUAUUCGAUCAUUGAACAUAAUAAAAGGGAAAGAAUGUUGCAAACAAACGGAACCAAGAAUCUUCCAUCUGCGGUUGGUAAUUUUAAACAGAAGCAAGAGUUUCUUGAUUUAGAAGCAUAUUUUCCCUUCGAUCCACUAGUAUUACCUAACUGUAAGGUAUUGAUUGGUAAGAAUUAUAUAGAGUGGUCUGAUGUUAAUCCUAGUAAUGAAGAUGAAGAUGAUGACGAAGACAGUGGUAGUCAUCCUGAGGAAGAUAUAUCAGAAAGUGACGAUGACAAUAUAACCAGUGAUGACGAGGAUUAG